GGCGAGCGGAGCGGAGCAGUUUGGCUCGGCUUGGCUCGGCUCGGCUCGGUUGCCGUCCGGCAGAGGGUCCUCUUUGCUCCCCGCAGCCCCGGCGGCCGCGGGAUGGAGCUCGGUGCGGCGCGGCUGCUGGCGGUCCUGCUGUGCCUGGCUCCCGGUUUAUUUAUUUCUUUGGAUCAGCCAACCCUUAGCAUCCAAAAAGAUGUCCUCACAAUAACGGCAAAUGACACACUAAAUAUUACUUGCAGCGGUCAGAGGCCACUGGAGUGGUCCUGGCCAAGCAACCAGAGCAGUGCUGAGAAGCGUAUCUCUGUGACAGACUGCAGUGAUGGCCCCUACUGCAAGACACUUACUCUUCUCAAAGUCAUUGGCAAUGACACGGGGGACUACAGAUGCCUUUACAGGGACAAUCAGGCAGCUACAACCAUUUAUGUUUAUGUUCAAGAUUACAGAUCGCCGUUUGUGACUUCAGUUAGUGAUCAGCUUGGCAUUGUGUACAUCACUAAGAAUAAAACUGUAGUAGUGCCGUGCCUUGGAACUGUAUCAAAUCUCAAUGUAUCUCUACAUGCGAAAUAUCCAGAAAAGAUAUUUGUUCCUGAUGGUAAAUCCAUUUCGUGGAAUAAUAAAAAAGGCUUCACUAUACCCAGUCAUUUAAUCAACUAUGCGGGCAUGGUCUUCUGUGAAGCUAAAAUAGAUGAUGAAAGCUACCAGUCUGUGAUAUACAUAGUCGCAGUUGUAGGAUACCGAAUUUAUGACCUGACAAUGAACCCCCACUCCCAAGUAGAGCUGGCAGUGGGAGAAAAACUUGUUCUCAAUUGCACUGUAAGGACAGAGCUGAAUGUAGGAAUUGAUUUUAAAUGGGACUACCCUUCCAUCAAGGAAAAACGUGCCACUAUUAGGGAUGUAAAGACCACUGCAGGAGAAAUAAAGAAGUUUGUAAGCACACUCACCAUUGACAGUGUGUCCUUAAGCGACAAAGGUCGAUACACUUGCGCAGCAUCCAGUGGUCGUAUGAACAUGAAAAACAGCAGUGACUUCAUUAUCCAUGAAAGUCCUUUUAUUAAUCUGGAGAGAAUGGAGAAUGUGAUUGAGACAAGGCUAGGUGACACAGUCAAAAUUCCUGUAAAGUUUAAAGGAUAUCCUUCACCAGAGGCUAAAUGGUAUAAAAAUGGAAAAGCCAUCAAUGCAAAUCAUACAGUUAAACUUGGAUACACAUUAGUGAUCACUGCAGCAGCUGAAAGGGAUGCUGGGAAUUACACAGUCGUCCUUACAAACCCUAUUAACAAGAUGCAGAAAAGACAUACGUUUGCCCUGCUAGUGAAUGUCCCCCCCCAGAUUGGCGAGAACGCGCUGAUGGCCCCUGUGGACUCCUACAAGUACGGCUCGACACAGGCACUCACCUGCACAGUCUACGCUGUCCCACCGCCCACCGCCAUCCUCUGGCACUGGCAGCUGGAGGAGGAGUGCACAUUCAGCCCCCAGAAAGUUCGCUCAGGAGCCAAUCCAUAUGCAUGCAAGAAAUGGAAAGUCAUCUCAGAGAGAAAGGGUGGGAAUCAGAUUGAAAUUAAGAACCGAGUCGUUACUAUUGCUGGGAAAACAAAGACUGUGAGCACCCUCGUGAUUCAAGCAGCGAAUGUAUCUGCUUUGUACAGAUGUAUGGCUACAAACAGGGCUGGGUCAAGUGAGAGAGUGAUCUCCUUCCAUGUGACCAGGGGUCUUGAAAUUAGUCUCCAGCCUCGGAAUCAACUGACAGAGAAGGAUAACAUGUCCUUGCAAUGCACAGCAGAUAAAUUCACCUUUGAGAAGUUGGCAUGGUACAAACUCAGCACUCAUGUUUCACAGACUCCCUUCGGAGGACUGCCCAUGCCUGUUUGCAAAAACCUCAAUGCUCUCCAGAAGCUGAACGAGACAGUUUCAAAUACCAAUGGUGAAAAUGUCACCUUAGAGCUCAUCCUUCGUAACAUCUCCCUCCAGGAUGGAGGGGACUAUGUUUGCAUUGCUCAGGACAAAAAAGCUAAAACACAGCACUGCCUAGUGAAGCACCUCACUGUUCAAGAACCCACAGCACCCACACUUGUAGGAAAUCUGGAAAAUCAAACAACAAAUGUUGGUGAAACUAUAGAAGUGUCAUGCACAGUGAAUGGCAUUCCUCCUCCAAUUAUCACGUGGUUUAAAAAUAACGAGACCCUUGUGGAAGAUUCAGGCAUUGUUUUGAAAGAUGGAAACAAAACACUAACCAUACGCCGAGUGAGGAAAGAGGAUGGAGGGCUAUACACCUGCCUUGCAUGCAAUAUCCUUGGAUGCAGUAAAGCAGUGGCUUUUUUCUCAGUGGAAGGCGCUGAAGAGAAAACAAAUCUGGAGCUCAUUAUCCUCGUUGGCACUGCAGUGAUUGCCAUGUUCUUCUGGUUGCUUCUUGUAAUCAUCCUCCGAACCGUUAAGCGGGCCAACGGAGGGGACAUGAAGACUGGCUACUUGUCAAUCAUCAUGGAUCCUGAUGAAGUCCCUAUAGACGAGCACUGUGAACGGCUCCCGUAUGAUGCCAGCAAGUGGGAGUUUCCCAGAGACCGGCUAAAGCUAGGUAAACCUCUUGGGCGUGGAGCUUUUGGCCAGGUCAUAGAAGCAGAUGCAUUUGGGAUUGACAAAACUGCUACCUGCAAAACAGUGGCCGUCAAAAUGCUUAAAGAAGGGGCAACCCAUAGUGAGCACAGAGCACUCAUGUCAGAGCUGAAGAUACUCAUUCAUAUUGGUCAUCAUCUCAAUGUUGUCAAUUUACUUGGAGCCUGCACUAAGCCAGGAGGCCCACUCAUGGUGAUUGUGGAAUAUUGCAAGUUCGGAAAUCUGUCAGCUUACCUACGGAGCAAGAGGAGUGACUUUGUCCCAUACAAGGCCAAAUGCGCCAGGUUUCGGCAGGGGAAAGAGAACUAUGUUGGUGACGUCUCUGCAGACCUGAAGCGACGGUUGGACAGCAUCACAAGCAGCCAGAGCUCAGCAAGCUCUGGCUUUGUGGAGGAGCGGUCCCUGAGUGACGUGGAAGAGGAGGAUGCUGGUCCUGAAGAUCUUUGCAAGAACCCCUUGACCAUGGAGGACCUCAUCUGUUAUAGCUUCCAAGUGGCGAGGGGAAUGGAGUUCUUGGCUUCACGCAAAUGCAUCCACAGGGACCUGGCUGCUCGUAAUAUCCUCUUGUCAGACAAUAAUGUGGUCAAAAUCUGUGAUUUUGGCUUGGCUCGAGACAUCUACAAAGACCCAGAUUACGUCAGAAAAGGAGAUGCCAGACUACCCCUAAAAUGGAUGGCACCAGAAACCAUUUUUGAUAGAGUAUAUACCAUUCAGAGUGAUGUAUGGUCCUUUGGAGUUCUGCUGUGGGAAAUAUUUUCAUUAGGUGCAUCACCAUACCCUGGAGUGAAAAUCGAUGAGGAAUUUUGCAGAAGACUGAAAGAAGGAACAAGAAUGAGAGCACCAGACUAUACAACACCAGAAAUGUACCAAACAAUGCUGGAUUGCUGGCAUGGAGAUCCUAAACAGAGACCCACUUUUUCAGAGCUGGUAGAGCACCUGGGAAAUUUACUGCAAGCCAAUGUCCGUCAGGAUGGUAAAGACUACAUUGUCCUUCCUUUGUCAGUAUCGCUGAAUAUGGAAGAGGAUUCAGGUCUCUCUCUCCCAACUUCACCUGCUUCCUGUAGGGAGGAAGAGGAAGUCUGUGAUCCCAAAUUCCAUUAUGACAACACAGCAGGAAUUAGUCAGUACCGACAAGGUAGCAAGAGAAAAAGCCGCCCUGUGAGUGUGAAAACAUUUGAAGAUGUCCCAUUGGUAACCACUGUAAAAGUCGUUCAGGAGGAAAACCAGACAGAUAGUGGGAUGGUUCUUGCAUCUGAAGAGCUGAAGACACUGGAAGAGAAUGAUAAACAAGUGAAAAUACCCUUUAGCACGCUGGUGCCCAGCAAGAGUAAUGAAUCCGUUAUGUCCGAAGCCUCCAACCAGACAAGCGGGUACCAGUCGGGAUACCACUCGGAUGACAUGGACACCACGGUGUACUCCAGCGAGGAGACCGAACUCCUGUGUGUGCGGGAGGCCUCUCCCCCGCUCUGCCGCGCUCACGGCCUCGCCUACGACGGCCCCGCGCCACUCACCCCCCCGCCUCUCUAGGGCCAGCCUGGCAGCUCCAGGUCCCCCUGGGAUGUGCCUUCACUGCCUGGGCUGGCAGCGUUCAGGUUUGAUGUAUAGAAAGACAGCAUCCACGGGACUAAGAAAAGACAUUUGUUUUUCCUGAAGAGGAUGCAGAAGCAGCUGGCAGCAUAACUGUGCCACGCCAGGCUGGGGGUUCUUUUCUCAAGAGAUGGUGGUGGCUGAGGGUGCAAAGCCCCAGCCACAAUGUGUGUGCUGUGCCGACCCUGUGGCAGAGGCAGACCCUGGUGAUAUGUCAGGCAUCUGCCUAAUGCAGGCAGCAUCACUGCAUUCAACAUAACUGUUUCUACUUGUACGAAAUAAUGCACAGCCCUGCUUUUAGUUUUUGGUUGGUUUUUUUUUUGUUUGUUUUUCCCUUUUGUGGCUGGACUCCAGGAAGGAAACAGUGCGGCACCGGCUUCUUGUUUCUCAGAGUUAUUCCUUGCUUGUACCUUCACAAACAAAAAAAGGAACAUCCAGCUCAAGGUUCUGGCACCCACUGACGGCCUGAGACUAAACAUAGGCUGGGCUAAAUAUAGGUCAGGAUGAUGGUCUCUGUCCUUGGCUAAGGAAAAAGGUUGCCUUACAAGACCUCAUGAGCCGCAUUUGCUUGCAAGACUUGUGUGGUGAAGUUGGUUAGUAGGGAGAAGGCAGAGCAUUGAGCCAAUUGAUGGAACACAGGUGGCAGGGCCAUGCCCUCACCUCUGGGUGAGGAUGGGUCUGCCCCUGGUCAUCCCUGGCACCCUUGACACAUGCCAGAUGCCUACCUGCUUCUGAGCUAGCCUGUAACUGCUGCAGAAAAUACUCUCCUCCCCCCAAAUCACCAGUUGGGCAGCCUCUGCAACAGGUAGAAAAGCAAAUGUAAUCUACCUUAGGACCACAGGAAGCUCUGUCGUUCCGGUGGUGGAUCCUAAGGGCAUCCUACCUUCUUGUCUCAUCCCCCCUCCCUCAGAUUUAGGUCUGACUCUUUCUCUUUGCAAACUGUAAGUCUGUUUGCAAUGUCAGAGAUAUCAGUUUAUGUAGCCUUGGGAAUACAUGACUGGUUUCAUGGCAGCUCCGAUCUUCUCCGAGUGGUGAAACUGUGCCUAAUUGUUGGACAACUUCUUACCUGUGCUCUUGUAGUCCCAGAACUUUAUUGAUAGACAUAAUGCAGACUACAGGAUUUUAAAAUGUAAAGCUAUUUCUACUGAAGUUUUUUGUAUUUUUAUAAGUAUUUUUUUGUUUGUACUUACUAAAAUGUCAAAUGCCGGGAACUAUAAAUAUAAGGCAUAUACAGUAUUUAUAGCCUCUUUAUGUAGAAAUAAAUGUAAUAUAUUAAAAUAUAAAUAUAUAUUAUAUAAUGGAUACUGUACCAUUCACAUUUUGUUGUGUUCUGUAGCAUUGCAAAGGUUACAGAAUUCUUUAAUCCCUAAAACUUUUCACUUUAUUAAAAGGGACUGGAAAUUUAGAGUUGGAUGCUACAAAAGAUCUGUUUGCUUUUCUUAUAUACUUUCUAUUGACAGGGAAGAUUACAAAGUUCUACUUAUUUCAAAUGCCAUUAGGUGAAUCUAGUUUUUUAUACCAUCGUCCAGGUCUACGAACAUUUCGGUGGGUAUGUGUAGUAAAGAAGCUUCAGUGACUUUUAGCAAUUGUCAAUACCUUUAGAGAAACGAUCAGAGGAAUGGACUGCUUGUACAAGAUGAUAAUAAUAAACUCUGAAAGAGUUUAUUAUGUUCAGUUAGGAAAUGCUUUAUCUAAUUGUAUUGUGGAUUUUGCCUGGGGAGUGGCAGUUUCCCUUAAAGCCUUAUUCAUCUUUUCCCACUUGUGUUUCUUCCAGCUCACUUCUCACAACUUAAAUGUUGUCCCUGCUCUUGUGCAGUUAAGUCCUCCUUUAUUUUAAAUCUGUACUUAAAGCUCUCACCCUUUCCCUCUGUUGCCCACUUUUUGACUUUCUCUUCUGCACUGUGUAGGUCUUUGUUCUCAGUGCAAGGUAUUGCACUGUUGGGGUAUCAGGACUCAAAGAAUUAUAACAUCUUGUAGUAAAGUACAAGUGAAGUUAAGCCACCAACUGCAGACUUUAAAUCAACUUCUCUUUAUUGCAGUUUUAAAGUAGACCUUUGUAGGCUACUGCACAGUGAGAACAGUUAUCUAGGAGGCAGGAGAUCUCAAUGCUAAACUCUUCUCAAGCUGAAUGUGGAAUUAAUAUGGGAUUAAUACCUUCUACACACAACGUGCAUCCCCCAAAUACGAGGCUGUGGGAUGUCAAACUUCAAAUGUUUCUCCAUUCCUUCUCCUAAAUCUAAACCAUUUUAUAGCCAGGAAAUUAGGAGAUGGGAGGUCAGGCAGAAAAAAACGGGAGAGGCUUCCUAGGACUUCUGUAAGGGCUUCUAGGAAGGACUUGUAUUUUCAUGGAGAUAUUCGACAUUUUUCUUGCUUCCCAGGCAACAGUGUAGCCAGUAGAGUACGCUCAACAGACAAUGCUACAGUCUUUAACAUUCCCCCUCUGCAAUAGUCUAAAAUAUCUUUAAUGAAACUGUUCUUCUAUGUAUUAUUAUUACUAUUAUACAGUGGACAUAAAAUACUGACAUGGGCAGAAUCUUGAUGAGCCACCUAUUAGACAAUCCUGGCAGUGAGGUGGAGAUGGAGAUCUAUCACUGAUAUCCAUCUACCCUACACCUGGACUCCCCAAGGUUUGGGAUGUUCAACUUAAAUAUCUCAUUUUUUAUUUUUGGUUCCUCUCCAGCUUGGUGUAAUACAGGAUACAUGCAACAUACAUGGAGUCAGAUGCUUCUCUGUGUGUUUGCAGUACUUCCAAAACAGCUGUCCACUGUAAUGCAAAGUGAUGACGUUGCAAGAUAGCCAUUUCAGCUAGUGAGUUCCCACUUAUAAUCCUUGUCAGCUAGUGAAACCCUCUUGUGGAUCUAAAUAAUUUUAAAUAUGCCUGCAAAAUGUGGGAACUAACAGACCUGCUUUAGGAAAGGAAGUUAGCUUCUUUAAAAAACAACUAAAACCAACCCACACCAUAUAUUCAGUGUCAGGAGCUAGCAAAGGCUCUAUAAAUGUGUUCAUAUAUUUGGCAUCCAGUAACACAAUUCUUUUCUUAGAUCACAGUUGUUACAUCCUUUAAAACACCUGGACUUUUUGUUGUAUUCUGAAUACAGCACGUUCAGCUAAACCCUAGUCAUGACACAUCUGUCUUUGAGAUGCCUUAAAUUCCAAAAAGGAUAUUUUUAAUGAAACAACAGAGGUAUACUGCACAGAUUUGCAAAUGCCUCCACAAACCAGUCCUAGCUUUAUCUCUAUUCUGCAGCCAUGCAGUUAAGUGUCAACAUUUGGAUCAACAUCCUUACCUAUGAAAUCCAGCCUGGCUCCGAGCCCAAUGAGCUACAAAUAGAAGGGACAUUUGUGAGAUUAUGGAUCCAAACAUGUCACUCCAAGCAGCUGGGAAGGACUGGGAAGCAGUGAUGGAACUGACUCCUCGGUUCAGAAGAACUACCAGAAUGAACGGUGAUUGCUGGCGCAUUUGGACAUGGAAAUCAAGCAGAGCCAUGCCAGAAAUAGGCAGUUUCAGAGCUUGACGAUGACUCAUGCCAGCUCUUGCUCAUGUAAACAUGGCCCACCUGAAGAACACAGGGGCGUUCAAGUAUGGUAGGUAGGUCCUUCUCCCUGCAAAAGAUACUGUGAAAUGUAUCUCAUUCUUUGUGUGGAAAUGUCUUGGCAAA